AUGAUGGACGCCAUUGAAGCCGGACGCGAAUUGCGUCGCCGAGUAGCAUCCUUCCGUCCCGGUCCUCGGUUGCGGUCACGGAUUCGCUUCAAUUUGCCCAUGGAACGCAACGAGUUGAUCCAACUCCUGGAUUCCAAUCGAUCUAAUGCCGCCGCCGCCAUGAUUCGCAUCCAAACCACACCCACGUUGGACGCCGACCAAAUGGUGGAUCUCUUCCAGUUGGUGGCGACCAAACUGCCCCGUCUGGUCAAUGUGGAAAUCACUUGUUCUUAUCGACCGCAGCCCAUUACCGUGCGAGCGUUAGAGCACUUGCUGCAAAGUCUCAAGGAUCGAUUGGAGACACUCCGGUUGGGUGCUUAUCUGACGGGAACACGAGCCGAAUACGAUGCCAUGUUGGCACAAGUAUCUCAACUUUCUUCUUUGAAGACACUGGCACUGUCGGCUUUUGGAGCCAACGUGACGGAUAUGCCACCACAAGAGUCACGAGAAAUGACACGUUGGGUAGUCGAUUCGUUCUUGCGAUCCGUCAAAGGCGUGGAGACACUCGAGAAUGUUCGAUUCUGUAUGAGCCAACCUUCCAUGGUACCCAAUUCGGCAUUGGAACAACUCUGUCGAAAGACGACAACAGAUGACGAUAACAACAACAACAAUAGCAGCAGACGACGACAAUUGGAUUUAUCCAUGUACGGAGUGGCCGUGUCACUCGAUUUGAUUCGAGUCAUUUGUGGACCCCAAUCGGCCGUCUGUGCUCUUCGAUUGAGUGAUGUCCGCAAUACCAUUAAUGAAAUGGCACCGGGCAUUGCCGAAGGAUUUCGUCACAAUCAAUCCUUGCGAGAAUUGUCGCUCCGCGGUGCCGAUGUGUCCAAUCAAUCCUGGACGACCCUGUUGCAUGCACUGGCCGAAUCGACAUCGGGUUGUUUGCGCACGUUGCGUUUGGAUGCCAAUGAAAUUACGCCGCCCAUGUAUGCCGCACUCGACAAACUCGCCACGAAUUGCUUGAAACGAUUGGAUAUUUCCAUUUUGCCGCGAUUACGGGCCAAUCCAACCAAUAAUAUGGGACAGAUAUUAGGGCAACUCUGUCAACACUUGUUGAGUCAGUUGGGAAAUACAACCAAUAAUCAGCAGCAAAAGCCCCGAAUGCUGUCACAUCUCAAAGUGCACUUGCACGGAUACAUUUCCUUGGUACACGGCGGUGGUCAGAAUGAUGCCCCCACGGACGAAAUGCGACUAGGCUUUCGCACGCAAAUGAAUGAGUGUUUGGAAGAAACGUUGGAAACCAAUUGUCAUCUCAAGGAAGUUCGUGUUGUGGUGUCGGGCAAAUGCCUCCCGCUCAGUGACAAGGCAUCGUUCAUGCUGGCGUUUAAUGCCGCCGGCCGCAAGGAUUUGGUGGCUCAACCGGACGAUCGACAGCGAUGGGUCGACAUGAUUGUCGAUGAAAGCUACAAUACGUCGCUCGUACAUUAUUUGCUCUCGUUGCAUCCCGAACGAUUGCUACCGUGCAUUCCCAAUUGCGAAUUGUCGGAACGACGACGAAAGCGACUUCGAGACUUUCUCGUCGAUCAAGAUGAUUACGGAUUCCUGCGACGACGAUCGAAACGACUCAAGCGGAUGCAGGACGAUGCCGAGAAUUGGUAG